AUGGAGAACAGGUUGCAGCAAACAAUUGAGACGACAAGGGAGUUUAAAAUCCAGCUGUUACAGCAUAUCACAAAUAAUUUUUCCGAGGAGCACGUAAUUGGCCGUGGUGGGUAUGGUGUGGUUUACAAGGGGAUGCUGGAGGAUGGGGAAGAAAUUGCUGUCAAAAGGCUUCAUCACUUGCCUGGGCUUGAUGACAAGGAAUUUAGGAACGAGUUUAAUAAUCUUAUAAGGGCUCAGCACAAAAAUAUUGUAAGGUUAAUUGGAUAUUGCUAUGAUAUAGGGCAUCAACGUAUUAAGCUCAAUGGGGAAUAUAUUUUUGCUCAUUUCGAAGAACGAAUUCUCUGCUUGGAAUAUUUGGAGGGUGGAAGCCUUGACAAGUACGUUUCUGAUGGAUCUUGCGGACUUGAUUGGCAGACAUGUUACGUUAUCAUCAGGGGAGUUUCUGAGGGUCUAAAUUACCUUCACAAUGGAUCAAAAGAUCCUAUUUUCCAUCUGGACUUAAAACCUGCAAAUGUAUUACUGAACAAAGGAAUGAUGCCGAAAAUUGGAGAUUUUGGUUUGUCAAGAUUCUGUCCUUCAGGAAAGACAUGUACAACGAUAAAAAUUAUAGGAACACCUGGAUACAUGCCACCAGAAUACAUAGAAAGAUGUCAAAUCACGUCGAAGUUCGACAUCUUUAGUCUGGGUGUUAUAAUCAUACAGAUAAUGGCAGGGCGUGAGGGCUACUUCAAACUUGUAGAUAUGACUUCUCAAGAAUUUAUCAAGCUUGUACAUGAAAACUGGCUAAAAAGGCUGGGCACAGCAGUGUCAUCACAUACAUCACAUGAAGUUAAGAGAUGCAUUGAAAUAGCGUUAACAUGUGUGGAUGUUGACCGGGUAAAAAGGCCUACUAUAGCUGAGGUUGUUGAUGAACUAAAUAAGAUAGAUACUAGCGAUGGUUCACCUCCAGGCCAGGGUUCACUUGGCCCCAAGCAAGUUCCACCCGUCAUUGUGAGGAAGUACUCCCUCUGA